AACAAGUGGUAUCAGAGCUAUUAGUAGAGCUCCUAGUGUUGUGGCGAAAUGCAAACUGAAGCCAUGAAGGAUUCAAUUGAGUUGUUCAAUGGCAAGAAUGACUUUGCUCUAUGAUAAAGUACUAUGAAGGAUGUCCUUGCUUGUCAAGGACUUGAUGCAGCUUUAGAAGAGACCAAGCUAGCUAAGUUGAAGGAUACUGAUUACAGUACUAUCCAAAAGAAGGCAGUAAGUCAAAUUUGGUUGGCGCUUGCACCAGAGGUGAAAUACAACAUCCUUUCAAAGACUACUUUAGCAAGCAUGUGGAAGAAGCUUGACGAGAUAUAUGCUUCACAAUUUUUAACCAAUUGGCUGUAUUUAAAGAUGGAGCUAUAUCAAUUGAAGAUGGCUGAAGGCACCAAUAUUCACAAGCACUUAUCUAAUUUCAACAUGAUGAGCAUGCUAAUGGGUAAGACUACUUUGGUGAUGAAAGAUAUCACAACCAUGUUGCUGGAUAAUACUAAGUUUCUUAGGGAGGAUGAUGCUGCCAAUCAAAAUAAUGCUUUGGUGACGGAGCAUUCUUGGGGAAGAUCUUAUAGACGUGGAGGUGGAGGAAAUCAAGAAAGGGAGCUUGGCAAAAUAACGAUGGCUACCGACGAGAAGGUGAAUAUUGAAGGCAUAGGAGAUGUUUGUCUCAAUGUUCACAAUGGGAGAGCCAAGGUUCUCAAGAAUGUGAGAUAUGUGCCCCAGUGUUCAAGCAAUAUUAUUGCUUUGAGUGAGUUGACAACACGAGGGUGCAAGUAUGUCAGAAAGCAAGAAUGGUGCAAGGUCUCCAAAGGUGGAAGACUUGUCUUGUGUGGGAGGGAGAACAAGAACAACAUCUAUGUGCUUGAGCAACAUCUCGAGAGAAUGCUCAACAAAACCAUGAGGAAGAUGGUGUGGAAGCCUAAAGGGAUCUUGGUAGAUGGCAAGGAAAUUAAUAAGAUCAAAAAGAAGGUGAACUUCAACAAUAAAGUGGUGUUUGAUGAUGGUUCAAGGAGGUGUGAUUUUCUGUCGGAUCAUAUCUUGGUUCAAAAUUAAUUUCUGUAGUGUACCUAGUGUAGGUUUGUCCUAUCCUAUACUAGGAGGAAACUCUCAAAAAUAGGACACCAUGAUAAAGUGUUUUUGAGCAG